AGGGAGGGAGGCAGGGAGAGGCAGCGUGUGCAUGUGUGAUGAGCAAUAGCUGUGGACCUUACAGUUGCUGCUAACUGCCCUGGUGUGUGUGUGUGCGCGUGUGCUCGUGUGCGUGUAUGUGUGUGUGAGCGAGAGAGAGACGGAGAGAGAGAGGGAGGGAGGGAGGGAGGGAGCGGAGAGGGUGGGGGGGAGAGAUAAGAGAGAGAAGAGGAAAAGGAGAGAGGAGAAGGAAGGAAGAAGAAGGAAGGAAGGGGACAAUACGAUCAUGCUGUGCUGUAUGAGAAGAACAAAACAGGUUGAAAAAAAUGAGGACGGAGACCAAAAGAUCGAGCAAGAUGGCAUCAAACCAGAAGAUAAAGCUCAUAAGGCAGCCACCAAAAUCCAGGCCAGCUUCCGCGGACACAUAACAAGGAAAAAGCUCAAGGGGGAGAAGAAGGGAGAUGCCCCAGCAUCUGAGACUGAUGCUGCCGACAAGAAGGAGGAAGGCCCUGCUGGUGGAGCAGCCGAGAACAAAGAAAGCGAGGCUCCCACUGCCACAGAAGCAGCCGCCGCUGACAGUGCCCAGCUGGAGGAGGGCAGCAAAGACAGCAGCGCGCCAGCAGAGGAGAAAAAAGGGGAUGGAGCCGCUGACACGGCCUCAGAGCAGCCAGCCCCACAGGCUGCCACUCCUGCUGCAUCCUCAGAGGAAAAGCCCACUGCUGCCACUGCCCCCGAAAGGGAAAGUGCCACUAAAGCUUCCACUGAUAACUCGCCGUCCUUGAAGGCUGACGAAGCCCAAGACAAAGAGGAGCCUAAACAAGCCGACGUGCCUGCUGCUGACACCACUGCCACCACCACCCCUGCUGCAGAGGAUGCUACUGCCAAGGCAACAGCGCAACCCCAAAUGGAGACAGUGGAGAGCAGCCAAACCGAAGAGAAGACAGAUGCUGUAGAAGAAACCAAACCUACUGAAAGUGCCCAGCAGGAAGAGGUGAAAGAAGAAGAGAGCAAGGCGGACCAAGAAAAUGCCUGAACAUUAAGAAAUGACUCCCCAUUGCCCCUCCCUCCCUCCCCCUAUCCUCUAUCCUUCCUUCCCACCCCAAUCUUGAUCUCCCCCCUUCCUGCUCACAGCUGUGAGCCUGUCUGUCCCUCUCCCACUCCCACUUAAACCCUUUUUCUCUCUGUGUGGCAAACAUUUAAAGAAAAAAAAAAAAAAGCAGGAAAAAUCCCAGUCAAACAGUGUGGCUUAAACAUUUCUUUGUUUCUUGGUGUUGUUAUGGCGAGUUUUUGGUAAUGAUGAUCCAAUCAUUUUGGGAAAAUUCUUGCACUGUAUCAGAGUUCUUUGACCUGGCGCGUGCGUGUGUCUGUCUGCCCACUGCGAGCGCGCUCUCUCUCUCUCUCUCUCUCCCUCUCCUCUCUCUCUCUUCUCCAAGUGUGUGUGUGUGCAAUGUUACGUUCAUCCGAGGAGUCCAGACUUACUGAGUGAGUUAAAACAAAAGAGGGAAAAAAAAAUUCUUUUCUUCCUUUUUCAAUGUGAUGGAAUGAACGAAAGAAAAAAAAAAAACAAAGACCCAACACUACAAACAAAUGAAGGAAAAAGAAUACUAAACCCCAGUUUGUUUUCAGAACUAAACCAACAACAACAACUAAAAAAUGUGCCAAUUAGCGUAAUGCUUGGCUCCAGGCUCCUUUUUCAAACUGAAAAUAAUUCUAAUAAAUGAGAAUAAUGAUCAUUAAUACCACUGUGUCACAUUUCUAUGCUGCUGUACAUCCUGCUGGCCUGUGGUCUCUGGUUGGCCACUUCUUGCGUGGUCCAGUGCUUCUUGGCCAGUGGUCCUUGUGCUUCUUGGCCACCAGUCAGUGACCGACUGCUCUCCCUGGCACUGCUGAGGGGAUUUUUAAGGGGAGCAGGCUUGGAUUUUGAGUGAGAUGUUAGCACUGACUAACGUAAAUAACGAAAGUUGCAAAAUCAGUUUUUAGGAAAGAACAUGAUAAGUGGCUCUCUAGGAGACCUCUAGGCCCUGAUUUGGAAAACUAUGGUGACCUUGGAGAGAUGAGCCUGCAAAGGGACCUGCUUUGAUCCAUGCUGAAGGUCUGACCCCUGCCAAGGGGUGCACCAAGGGCCAUGAGGGAACAGGGUCCUGGGGCCUGAGCUUCCCGGAAGCAGGAUAAUGGUCACCCCUUUGGGCUAGAGUUGGAAAAGUCACUGCAUAGCAUAGUGUGGCUUUCCAAAAGUGUUCUAUUUGGCAAAAUAAAUUUGGCCAAUGCAUGGAAUAAAUAGGCACAUGGGCAGGAUGAGGUCUGGUGGUGUAAGAGCCAGUCAACAGCACUUUGAGAAAUACCUAUUCCUGCUCCCUGGUGAACUCCAGGAUGGUUCACUCAGCUCUAACAAAGAAGUUUUUAGCUGUCAUUUAUGGCCAGGGCAGAGCACCACGUCCUAAAUCUCCACCACUGCUUUCCACAGGGUGUGUGAUGUUCCCUGGUGCAUGUCUGCCUGUCCCAGUGGUGGGCUGACAGAUGCCAAACCCUAAGCCUGCACAGCCAUCUGGGUCUGCUGCUCUGUUUAUGAGCUGUGAGAGCGAACAGUUAAAAUAUAUUUAGUAAUAACUGGACUUUCAUAAAAGCCCACUUAUUGGGUAUUAUUGCUCUGUCACUGCCCUGAUUAUGAUCAUGUGCUUUCCCACCAGCUCUUGCAUGAUUUCCUGGCUGCAUUGGCAGUGACAGCCAGCGUACCCUGCAGUGUUACUCUGUGAUGCUGCAGGGCCAUGAUUAAAUUGCCCUCACAGCAGUAACACCAAAAAGAUGGUUAUGCUGACAGCUCCAAUGUCCCUUGGUGGCUGAUGCCUCUUGGAGUGGCAGCUCCAUGGCCUUUAGAGGGCUGGCUGGCCCUCCCUGCCCUACUCGUUUGUUCUCCUCCAUCUCUUUUUUGGAAACAGGGAGAAAAGAUGAACAGUGUCUCCUCAGAAAUGAUCGCUUUGAACGUAGCCUGCUCACUGCAAGUGCCAUCAAAACACGUCAGGAUUCAUUUAGAUGUGCUUCCUGGCAUUGUGUAGAAAUAAGAGAGAGAGAGAGAGACUGGGAAUAUUUUUUAAAAGAGAGGGAAAGAGAGAGUGGGAGAGAGAUUGGACAGAGAGUUUUAAAAACAGGGAUUAGAGAGAGGAGGGGGGGGAAGAUUUCUGAGUGGAUAGAUGGAUGAUAGGGAGAGAGAGGGGAGUAUAGCUAGAGAAAGAAAGAUUAGAGUGAAAAAGAUGAGAGAGAGACAGGAAGAAAUUAGAUAAUAUGGAGCAAUAGAUGAUUGAUAGAGAUAGUGAAACGUAGCUAGCUAAAGUAGAUUAGACAGACUAAAUAAGUAGAAAGAUGGGCUGACUGACAGAUAGGUAUUGUGUCAUACUUCAUAAAUGAUAUAUAUGCUAAUAUUCCCAUGUCAUGAUGGGUGGUAAACCCUGAGACACCUUCCAGCCUGACCUCAAUUCAGCAAAUGUAGCGCAGACAUCAGGCAUUGCUUGGACCGUAUGUCAGGUCUCACCACCCCGCCCGUUUUCUGCUGCAACAGCAGCAGGGGUGUGGAUGGUGUCUGGGGAGGGAGAGCGCUCUGACGGACACGGGGGGCUGAGGCAUAGGGAGGAGAGGUGUAGAGUAUGUUUGCUGUUCGUAGCACACAAGGUGCCCAGCCCAGCUCAGACACUGCAGAAACCCCGUGUCUCUAGCACUGAGUUGAGAGAACUGAGGUUCAGCUCUCAGGAUUUGUGGGAGAGGUGUUUGGGAGGAGGCAGGAAGGAGAGAGCACAGUUUUUGUUUGGCCUUAUUUCCUGUCAUGACCAUUUACAACAGUUUUCUUAAGGACUGUCUUGCCUGUUUCCUCAAAGACCAUGCGGUCUCCCUGCUCUUCUGACUUCAGAUGCCAAAUUUUUCAUUUUGCCUCCAGUUUGCUAUUACUAUUUUUAACUUUAUAAGGAAAUGAAAACUGCCUCUCAUGUCUUCCUGGACAUAGGCCUUCCUCCCUCCUCAAAAAAUUAAAAAACUUUCUCUCCCCAGGGAUGUUUUAUCUUUGUAUUUCGCAUGUUGCCUCCCCCUUGGCUGAUGGUUGGGGCAUCGCGCGUGUUUUGUCACCGUUCGUAAGAACAUACUUUGCCAUGUUGCUUAGAGAACAAAGGGUUGGGUUUUGUGUUUUGGUUUUUCCCCUCCCACAAAGAAAAUGGGGUAUGUGGUUACCAACUGCAAACCGAAAUAAUUUAAAUACUAAUUCCUCUCCCUUGGUUCCAGUCUAAAAUUUCUAGCUGUAACCAAGCACCCCCUAUCUUUCUUAUUGUACCGUGUCCUGAUCCUGCCAGAGAGUCAGGGCAAAGAGAGCGUGAGAGAGAACACAGAGACAAACCCUGCCUUGAGCAGGCAGUGGUUUAAUGUGUAAUACACAAGAUUUGUAUAGGAAGCUGGGCUGUCUUCAGGGUACAGGAAGAGAGCAGAGAAAAGCAUUUGGAUUUCCUUGAGUUGCCUCCUCAGUCAGAUUUUCAAAGGCUAAAAGGAAACAGCAUAAAGGAUGUAGCAUGGGAUGGAAACUGGAAAGAGAACAAGGGUAUUUGAGGAACGAUUUUUCUAGCAAAAUAUCAAACGAGCUGAGAGCAGCAGAAGAGGCAGGAGGUCCCAGAAGUAAAGAGUGGAGCAAAGAGUAAUCAGCAGAGUAGUUGAAGCUUUUCUACUAGUCCUGAUGUGACAACCAACAGUAAUUCCCCAGGGAAUAUAUAUCUCAUUCUCUCUCCCUGAAGAGAAUAUAGCUUUGCCUGGAGGUGUCUGUGGUUGUUAUUUUCUGUAUGGAAAGGGAAGGAAGGGCAUGUCAGAGUGACUCACACUGGGAAUAUUGUGCCUGACCUCACCGUGCAGCGCUGUGGAAAUUCAGGGUCCAAGAGGGGCUUUUUCCAUGCCUCUGUAGUAAGACACGCUAGUGACCCACAGCUAUACUGAAUGCUCGUACCAGCUGUAGGCCAGCUCUUGACAUUUCACUACAUUUCACUAGACUAAGCCUUGGAAAAGUGAAAAAAAUUUCAACAUAACCCCCACCUCCCGUCAAUGCAGUAGAUCGUUCGCAUGGAUUUGGUCUGCUUUGCAAUGCUUGUGGCAUCCUGACUAUCUGCACUGAUAGCAUAUAAAACCCCACAACCCUUGCAGUAGUUGCAUCAGCCAAGGAGCUUCCCAAUGAGCCACAUUCCAAAGGGAGGGGAAGGGCAUUCUGCUAAGAUCCCUUCAGACCCAGUGUUUUCCAACCCUAAACCCUAAUGCAGCCCCAUGAGAGGCCUUAGCUAGAAGUAACUCACCUGUGGUGACCACAUAAACACCGUAGCUUGGGAAGUGUGUUACUCUGGGUGAAAGAAAUGGCCAUGACUGAAAGAGAGGGAUUUAGAAAAAAAAGGAAAGAAGAAAAAAAGGAAGAGGGAGUUCAUAGCAAACUCCCCAUGAGAGUUAUUUCUUUUUUCUUGUGGUCUCCAAACAGCAAACUAGCACUUGAGACUUUUUGUCUGGUGUUUUUCAUAGAUGUUUUCGGAAGGAAAUGGAGUGGCUGUGGUUUGCAGAGGUUGAGGGAAGGGUUUGAAUGAAUGUUUUUGUGGUCCCUCUUGGCUAAGAAGUCUGCUCGGUGGUCACCUGCAGCUCAGCGAUGCCAGAAGUGGCGUUGGGGGUCCUCUUCCAGGCCUGUGCUCAGAUUCCCUGCUUUUCCGCAUUGCCACAUUAGCACUUUCACUGGAUAUUUAGAGCACCUCAGGACUGGUUCUCCUCUCGCUCACACCGGGGUAACUCAGGAGUCACUCCACUGGAACCAGUGGUGUUAAUCUGGUGUGAAAAUAGUGCGAGAGGAGGAUUCAACUCCUCGGGGGGUAAUUUCCAGGUCCCCGAGGGGGAAAAAAAAUCAAUGGGAGUUACAUGUCUAACUGCCACUUGUGCCUGUGAAAGUCUGCCCCUUAUCUACCUAUAUGUAUAUAGGGUACAGUUUUCAGAAUAACCUAAGUGACAUGGGCACUUGAGAGCACACAUUUCACUGGCUUUCAAAGAGAUGCAAGUUCCUAAGGCCCAGAUGCUGAAGGAUGUCCAAACUCCUCUCUGCAGUGCAUUUGGGGGUCUCAGGCCUGAAAUUCUCCAGUCAUUUCCCAAAGUGGAGCUGAAGAUCAUGAGUCAUUUAGGUGGUUCUGAAAGCGCUACCCUCUAUCCAUUUUUCAGGGUGUUGAUCUCAGGUCAUGUGCGAGCCUGCAUUCUUACCUACAAUGCUUUAUUACUACAUUCCUCUGUUGAGCAAUAUUUGAAAGAAGAGGUGAAGGUUGAGAUUUGCAGAACAGGCUAGUGACCCCAGUGGCUCACGUCUGGAGUGCCCAACUUGAGAGACACCUCACUGGGGUCCAAGCCACAGGUCCCCUGUAUGCUCUGAACAUCAAGAUUCAUGUAUUACACACCCAGAACCACUGGCCACUUCCAAAAAAUAAAUCCCAGCCUGAGACCUAGACUACUCUCACAAAAGAAAAUCCCAGGUGAACCGUUCACUCAAUAGCUUGGUUUUUCUGCUCAUGCCUGUUCCCAAUGAAUAAAACACAUCCCUGUGCAUCACCUAAGCCCUAUUUUGAGGAGUUACACUGGCAUACAGCUGAAGUAACACAGUAGUAAAUCGGGGCCUGAAGAAGGUGGCUACAGCCUAGAGAAUAUCAAGAACUGUGACGUGUCUGGAAGCUAAUAAGAGCAGAACUUGACGAUUAGAGCGGCCCAUUUCCGAUGCUCUUGUGUGAGGAUCUGGAAAGAGUCUCUCACUCAUUGUACUUGUGCAUUAUGAAUGUGUCCAUCUGCAGAGAUCUAAUGUACACAUAUGUCCUGAAUAUUGUCCUAAGGUUGCAAGCUUCAAAAAUGAGCAGAAAACAUUCCCGAGAAGUGAGAAUAAUACAGAUGUCUGUAUUUGAAAAAUUGGUUCAAAUAAAGUCUCUCACUUAUAGA